GAGUUCCCGAGUUGGAAUUCUGAGUUGGAUGACGGUUCAAAUCGAUUUUUCCAAUUCGGCGCUCGUUUUUUCCCCCGGGUUCCCCGUUUUUUUCAACGCGGCACAAGUUCAUCCAUCCACUCGUUUACGCGCAUGCGCCAACAUCAGACGAAACGAAGAUGGCGUCAGCACCUGAUUACAGUUCCUACAACCAGGCCGGUGCCCAGCAGGGGUAUGGCUCUUAUGCUGCUCAGCCCUCACAGGGCUAUGGACAAUCUGCCCAGCAGGGUUAUAGCCAGCAAGGAUAUGGGUCCUAUGCCCAGCCUGCUGCAGCUGAGACCGGAUACUCACAGGCAGCACCCUCUGCUGGCGGCUAUGCGCAGCAGUAUGGUUCCUCCUAUGGGCAACCAGCACCAGCUGGGAAUAAAACAGCUGGGUACCCUGCUGCCCAGCCCAGUGCCCAUGGCUACUCCCAGCCUGCCGCGGGCUAUGGAGCCAGUGGAUAUGAGAGUGCUCCUGCUGCUGCGCCCGCUGCCUCUCAGCCCUCCUAUGGCUCCCAGCCAGGCUAUGCAGCCCAGUCUGCCUACGCUGGCUACAGCCAGCAGGCUGCUUCCACUGCACCUCAGAGCAGCCAGCCAGCUGGCUACAGCCAGAGCAGCUACUCCCAACCAGGGGGAUAUGCCGCGCAGCAGAGUGGUUACCAGGCCCAGCAGGGAAGCUAUGGGCAGCAGCAGAGUGGGUACCAGCAGCAGCAGCCCCCGCCUCAGCAGCAACAGGCCCCUGCCGCGGCCUACCCUCCUCAGGCCUCAGGUUCCUACGGGCAGCCUGCUGGCAGCCAGUAUGGACAACAAAGUGGGCCUCAAAGUGGUUACAACCAGUCAAGCCAUUACAAUAACUAUGGACAGGAGGGCAGAGGCAGCUCUGGCUACUCUGGCUCUGACCCUGCUAGGUUCCCAGGGGCAGGGGAGAGCCGUGGGCCACCCAGGGAUGGCUAUGACAGGGGCGGCAUGAUGCACGGUGGCAGGGGACGUGGGGGCAUGGGCCGUGGAGGCAUGGGCGUCGCUGGAGACAGAGGUGGCUUCAAUAAGCCCGGUGGACCCAUGAACAACGGGGCAGUGCGUAACAUGGGGCGCCCUGAGGAGCAGGAUGACUCUGAGAACAGCACCAUCUACAUCACAGGACUCACAGAGAGCGCCACUCUGGAGGAGAUGGCUAUCUUCUUCAAAGACCCUGGAGCCAUCAGGAUGAACCGGAGGUUGGGGAAGCCUGCCAUCAACAUCUACACAGACAAUGAUUCAGGGAAGCCCAAGGGAGAUGCCACACUGUCCUACGAGGAGCCCUCCUUUGCCAAAGCUGCUGUGGAGUUAUUUGAUGGGAAAGAGUACCAAGGCAGGAGACUGAAGGUGUCCAUGGCUCGCCGUAAGCCCAUGAUGGGUGGAAUGAGAGGGGGCAUGUCCAUGAGGGGUGACAUGAUGGGCCGUGGAGGACCUGGAGGCAUGAUGGGCCGUGGAGGAGAGCGUGGAGGUUUUGUCCCACGGGGAGGACCACAUGGUAUGGGCAGAGGUGGGCCAGGUGGCCCAGGUGGCAACAUGCAGCAGAGAGCUGGAGACUGGGAGUGCCCCAACCAGGGCUGUGGCAACCAGAACUUUUCCUGGAGGAUGGAGUGUAACCAGUGCAAAGCUCCCAAACCAGAGGGCUUUGGGCCCCCUUCAGGUGGUGAGCGAGGCAGGGGUGGCAUGGGGAUGCGUGGGGGCAGAGGGAUGGACCGUGGCGGGCCAGGAGGGCCUGGAGGCUUCCGUGGAGGAUGGGGAGGUGACCGUGGCGGUGGAUUCAGGGGACGUGGUGGAAUGGACCGAGGGGGAUUCCGAGGGUCUAGCAGGGGAGGACCGCCUAUGGACCGAGGAAGAGGAAUGGGCAGAGGAGGAAUGGGGGGGCCCCCAGGCAAGAUGGAUAUGAGGGACCAUCGUCAGGAACGCAGAGACCGACCUUACUGAGACAGCAAUUUGAAUUUUCCAUUUAAGUGCAGGAUUUGAUUUUUAAAAUGAAAUUAAUUUAUGAUUCCGUUUUUAUUAAUGGUUAUAGAACUGCUUUUGAAAUACUCUGGUGCAGUUUCAUUCAACUCGUAGUUAAACGUUUAGUUUUUUAUAGUUUUGUUUACCCUUGGUUCAGUUAUUUUGACUUGUGCAAGUUUAUUUUUUGCAUUUCUUAGAUGUACAGACUGAUUUUGACAGUUUAUUGUAAAACAUGACACUUCUUUUUUAAUUGUAAUUGCUUCUCCUUCCCAUAGCUGUGUAAUGAUAAACAAUUUUGAAAAUAAAAUGUCCACCCUGAUUUGAUGCUAAAAUAAGUUCAGAUCCAUUGCUGUUAUGAGGCAUCAUGAAUGGUUGACUUUUUGCAUUUGUCAUCUUCUUGGUUCUCAAAUGGUGGGAGAAGUAGGAAUUGUACAGCAUUUCACAGCUCUACACCUACAGCAGUGUUCUCUUUCAGAAUUGUCAACAAGGAGGCACUGUAAUAUGCAGCUUUGAAAGAAUGCUGGCAUGAUCUGUUUGACCAACAACUUUUGAAGAUACAGCAGCUGUCAUCAGCUAUCAAAGCCACAAAGAAUAAUAUAUAACUGUGGUUUGUGACAUUUGUCUUCAUGUUGUAUUGCAAUCAUAUAGUCAAUGAACACACUUUCAAUACUGCUUUGUGGAACGAGUUUGACAACUAAACUGCACAUUUACCAGUAAGAAUGAAGAUCAACUGCUUUGCUUUACAGAAUUGCCUUGAUGUCUUUGCAUUUUAUUUUAGUCUUUUGAGAAACCUCCCAAUCCAAUCAAGAAACAAGUGAUGUUAUUAACCACAGAUGUCAGCCAUCCCUGUCUGUGACUGAUACCACAUUUGCAUCUGUUCAGCAUAUGUCCACAGUGAUCUGAGCCCUUUGAUAAUCACCCUUCUCUUCCCAAUGAAAAUGAAUUGAUUGGCUUUGUUUAAAUAUACCAGUUGGGUCAGUUAUUUAUAAUCCAGUUUUGUUUGUCUGCCUGUAAUCACUGACCGCACAGCCAGGGUGCAUUUAUUGUGCUGUGGUAAAGUGUUGUCAUUAAUGACCAAUGUUCUGUGUGUGGGUGAAGUCCGGUCACAGCUCACGCUUCCGAGUUCCUUGAGGACUCGUAUCCAGUUGCUCAUGCUGGGGAACAGAUCACUGCGAGUUGUCUGACACAUAAAAACUGAUUUAUCCCGGUCCAAAAAAUUCUCAACCAACAUGUCUCUCUCAAAGAAACAAAUAUUUUCCCAAUCAAAACAAGGCCCUCCUUUUUCCAUACUAAAAUUGAAAUCGCACGCAGAGCAUGUGCUGAGCCAAGCAUGGGGCAGCUGUUUCACAGACAGUGCUUGUCUGGCCCUGUCUGUAAAAACUGGAGUUAGCAGAGAAUCAAAAAUCAAGUUUGUUUGUAUUCAAGACUAGAGGUAACUAUUAGGCUUAUCUAUUUCAUAUUGACAAAGAGCGACCUAUAAUCUUAUAUUGAAGUGUCACUUCUUGUUGGGAAGCAACUUCGCCCUGACACGGGUCUGACCCAUGAAAAGGAUAAUCUCCCCAGCAUUCUUAACGGGAUGUGCACGUAUGCUCAUUUGAGGGAAGGAUUACAUCACUAGUAGACAGGGUUGGGUAGGCUACUUUCUAAAUGUAAUCCGUAAAUUAAACUUUACCUGUCAUUGUAAUCAGUAACGUAAUCAGAUUGUUACUUUUAGAUCACUUUCCCCUUGAGAGGCAUUCGAAGAAGACAAUGUUACCAAUUGAACUACAUCUGUUGCAGGAUAAAUCAAUGUUAAAGUUUACAUAGCUGGACAUAUAUGGAUGUUAAAUUUUACUUGAUGGGUUGGUUAUGUAGGCUUCUUCUAACCCAUCGCUUUCUACUACAUAUAAGAUAAAAUUAUAUCUUUACAUUAAGAACCAAAGUGUAUCAGAAUUCCAGUCAUUACAAUAAAUGUUAUACCCCUUGAUCUUCAAGAAUAGGAUAUAGAUGUAUAGAUUAGCCAAAUUGUUUCACCUGAGCAUGACCCCAAAACAAAGGAUUUAUUAGCCAGCCCUACUGUUUAUGAUUUUGUUGUCAUGGAGGACUGAUUGGGGUCAUUGAUUCAAGUUGAAAAAUAAAUGCUGUGCUCAUGGAAUGGCAUGCUUUGCCAAGAGUGUGCAAAGCUGUCAUCAAGGCAAAGGGUUGUUACCUUGAAGAAUAUAAAAAAUAUUUUGAUUUGUUUAACACUCAUUUGGUUACUACAUGAUUCCUUGUGUUAUUUCAUAGUUUUGAUGUCUUCACUAUUAGUCUACAAUGUAGAAAAUAGUACAAAUAAAGAAAAACCCUUGAAUGA